GGGGUUUCUAGUGGUCUCACCCUAUAACUGGGGACCACUGCGAACAUUUCUGAUAAGACUGCAACAUCUAUGCAGAGCAGGCUGAGCUGAGGAAGCACACAGUAAAAGAUGAACAGACAAUAAGAUGGAAGAUAACAAUGAUAACACAGCAGCUGGAGAGGGAGGAGGAAGUGAAACCAAUUCUGUGACAAAGAACAAAGAGCUGCCUGAGCUCACACUUGUAUUAAUUGGUGACUCAAACUCCAUUGAGAUUGGACCACAAAACAUCUUACUUGACCAUGAAGAGAGAAGAAAUGUGGAACAGUUUUCAUCCAAACUGUAUGAUUUCUGUGGUCGACAAAUCUCUGUCAUUAACAUGCUUGGUCUAGAAAACAUUGAAGAAAUCCCAGUAAACCAGGGAAUUCAUGCCUUUCUAUUACUGUUACCAUAUGGUCUGCAUAACAGCCAUUACAGCUCGAGAGUUCAGCAGCUAGAAAGAACUUUUGGGAAAAGAUCUCUUCUUAAUGUAAUGACAGUUGUGACUCAUAAGCCAGGGGAAAAAUGUGAAAGUGCGCUGGCAGACCUGAAAGCUAACAGCGGUUUUAAUGAAAAAAGAUUCCACACAUGCACAAGAUGCAUGACAGAUGCCAACGACAUAAUAGAUCUGUUGGAAAAAAUAGAUGUCAUGGUCUCUGAGAACAAUUGCUGCAGUGAACGUGAUGAGCACAAAGAACACCUGGACUGCAAGUGUGACAAGGAAAAAGGGAUCAGACAUGAAGAGAGGGAGAAUCCGACUGACAAUCUAAAGUGUGAGUCUUUGAAUGGACCUGGUGUUGCUGAACACUCCCAGCAGAAUGAUGGCAGCGCAGGAGGAGAAGGUGGACACAAGACUGUAUCAGCUGAAACUGAGGAGAAAGGUGCCUUCAAGGAUGUGAGUGGAAACAAGGAUAAGACUUUGAAUAUUUCUGAUGAGAGGAACAGUCAACGAUUUCAAGCAGAAAGUGAAACACUGCUCAGAAGACUUAACCUUCAAGACAAACAACAGAAAAUGUCACCAGCAGAAUUUCUUAAAUUAGGCCCUCCUGUGAAACAGAGCCAUGACACAUCUGAAGACGAUCUAGCUCAUACAUUUAUUCAGAGGUUGAUGAUGUUAGACUACAGAGCCAGACAUAUUCAGGUAAAACAAGACAAUCCUGAUGUGAGUUGUUCACAGUCUGUCCCAGUGUCUGACAGUGAAGACUUUGAUGAUCUAUUUAGUGACAGUGUAGACUCUGAUAACUCAAUACAAUCUCAUGUGCAUCCAAUGGAUGUUCAGAUGGCAGUAUUUCACUGUUCAGAUAACUUUCUGAAGCAGAACCUGGUUACAAAGCUAUCACAGUGUCAAUACGCCUUACCUUUGCUUGUCCUUAACCCAGACACAAAGGAUAUUGAAUGUCCUCUGUGGACAUUCAGGCAAAUAACAAAAGCAUGGAAGAUAGCUAAAAUCAAAGAUAAUUCAAAUGUUGUCAGCAUGAAGAGUAUGCCAAUCUGCAAAGCUGAGACACCCAUGGUGUCAUUCUUCCGCCUGGGUUCACUGUCAGUGUCCAAAUCUCAGCUCAUGAACACUUUGAUCAAUGACCGUCACAGCACCUUCUUCCACAGGAACUGCCCAGGUAGCACCAAAUCUCGCCUGCUGAUGGAUGGUGUGGCAGAGAUUGCCUGGUACUGUCCUGCUGGAAAACCCAAUGACUCCUUUACAGACUGCAUUGCCUUUUGUAAUCUUCAUGGUGAUGCUCUGUCAUUUGAAAAACAGCGUGAGAUACUGACAGAAAAAUCUUCAGUCACUGUUGUUCUUGUGCCGACUCUGGAAAAAGGUCAGAAAAGUACCACAGUAAUCCAAGACCUUUACAAGUUACCAAACCCUCUCAUUAUUCUCAUUGCUGAUAAUGACCGUGGUGCAGUUCAAGUGAAAGAUGGAAAAUACAAAGUGGGUCUGAAAGACAGAAGUCAGUCAGAUGUUUCUGAAGGACUGAAAGGAAUUAUCAGAAAGAUUUUAUCUGGACCUCACACAUCCUUCCAGCUUGAAUCCAUGGCCAAAGUCCCUGGAGUCAGAGUGGAUGAAAAUGAUGAAGUCUGUCAAAAAGGGAAAUCAGCUGCAUUGAAAACAGUUAAUAUGCUUCAAGGGAUGGAAAUUUCAGAGAUCAAAGAUACAUUUCUACCUUGUCAAGGUGAUCUGUGGCAAAAGUGGUGCAGAAUAAAUAAAGAGCUGUAUCACCUUAAAGGACACACUGAGCAGGAAAAAAGUGAGAAACAACAGCAGCUGAUGCAAAUAAGACAAAAUCAAUGCAAAGCUUCAUGUAGGGAACUGAUGAAGUCAUUCACAGAAAGCCUCUUGUCUUUGCCAUCAAAAGAGAAGGAGUACUUCCUGAAAUGGACUCAGAUCUUAAUAGAUGCCCUAUCCACAGACGAUCUCUCUUCAAUUCUCCAAAGCUAUGAUGAAAAGUGGACUGAGGUCUUGACUCUGAAGAAGAAACACGACAAAUCUGCCUUGUUAACAAGCAAACAAACAGAGCUUGAACAAAUCUCCAAAAAACUGCAGUCUGCAACCUUUGGCCUGGAGCACAUCUUCAGAGAAAUGGGACAGAUCUAUGAAGCCCAUAGAGCAGUACAAGCAGAGAGCAGAGCAGUAAAACCAAAACAUACACACACUGACUGGUCUAAAUACCCUAAACUGGCUGCAGAUCUGAUGAUUUCAGGACACCCAGUGGAGCUGAUGGAUGGUGAUGCAGGUCAUGUCCCGUUAACAUGGAUCUCUAGUCUUUUAGAUGAAGUCAUCAAGAAACUAGGCGACCAGAGAGUUUUUGUGUUGUCAGUUUUGGGCGUACAAAGCAGUGGAAAAUCAACAAUGCUGAAUGCCAUGUUUGGACUGAAGUUUGCAGUGAGUGCAGGCAGAUGCACCAAAGGUGCCUUCAUGCAGCUGGUCAAAGUGUCAGAGGAAAUCAAGAAAGACUUCAAGUUUGAAUAUGUUCUAGUGGUGGACACUGAAGGACUACGGGCUCUUGAGCUGGCAGGAAAUAGUACUCGUCAUCAUGACAAUGAAUUAGCAACAUUUGUUGUUGGUCUGGGAAACAUGACACUGAUCAACAUCUUUGGUGAGAAUCCAGCUGACAUGCAGGAUGUCCUGCAGAUUGUUGUUCAGGCUUUCAUGAGGAUGAAGAAAGUUAAACUUUCUCCGAGUUGUGUGUUUGUUCAUCAGAAUGUGACAGAUAUCGCAGCUGCUGAGAAAAACAUGGAUGGGAAAAGACGCCUGCAAGAAAAACUGGACCAGAUGGCUCAGCUAGCUGCUAAAGAGGAAUCAUGUGAUGCUGAGUGUUUUGGUGAUGUCAUUGCCUUUGAUGUGCAAACAGAUGUGAAAUACUUUGCCCAGUUAUGGGAGGGAAGUCCACCGAUGGCUCCUCCAAAUCCAGGCUACAGUGAGAGUGUCCAAGAGCUGAAAAACAUCAUCCUGUCUAAGGCUAAACAGUCUGCUGGCGUAAAACUGUCACAUUUCAAAAGCAAAAUUCAUGACUUGUGGAAUGCACUGAUGAAUGAGCACUUUGUUUUCAGCUUCAAAAACACACUGGAAAUCGCAGUUUACAGAAAACUUGAGGUUGAAUAUGGGAACUGGACCUGGGCCCUGAGGAGCAACAUGCUGACUAUUGAAAACCAGCUUCAUACCAAAAUUGAAAAUGAAGAACUUGAUGAAAUUAAGCGUAGUGAUAUUGUUAAAGAAAUGAGCAAAACAUCUGAAAAAAUCAAGAAAGAUAUGUCAAAGUACUUUGAGGAUGACAAAGACAAAGAAAUGUUGGUUCAGUGGAGAGGCCAAUUUGAAAAUAAAAUAAAGGAGUUCCAAGAGGAACUGGUGAGAGGUGUGGAACGAAAACUGGAUGAAGUUAUUCAGCAGAAGAAAGCUUGUAAAAAGCUGGAUGAUAAGAAGACAGACUUUGAGAACAAGCUGCUGCAAAAGAGCAAAGAGCUCGCUCAUCAGUUAAAAGACAAACCAAAAGAUGACAGGGAACUUCAAAAACAGUUUGAUGGUGUUUGGAGUGACUUGGUGAGAGAAUUAACUAGAGAUACACAACCCAUUAAGGACAUCAAUCUUGAAGAUGACCAGGCAAAUAUCCUUCAUAUCCUUGGUUUUGAAUGGAAUCUCAUAUUUGGAUGCAAAAAGAAUGGCAGAUACAAAACAAUAUCCCAGGUCAGUGAUUACACUGAAUACGUAGUCCUUCACAAGCACCAAAACACAAGAGAUCAGUGGUUUCCCAGGCAAAUGUAUGAAAAACUAAAAUGUCAGUUUAAAGGACUUCUUGAGCAUGGGGACCAGGAACUGAUUACAUCACUAAUAACCAAUGUUGAAAACCAGUCUCUUCAUGAAAUUAUGAAGAAACCUGUAGCAACAAGAGGCUACAGUUCAGCUUACUUACAAGAAGUGGCCCAAAAUGUUAAGCGGACAGUGACAGAGUUUGAAAAGAACAAGAAGUAUGCUUUCAAGAAGGAGUUCACAGUUGAUCUCCUACUGUACAUAUUUGACAGGGCAGCGACUUGGCUUUCACAGUCUCACAAAAUAUUCACUGUGAAAAAUGAUGCACGCAUUUACUUAGAAAGCAAGAAAACACAAUACUACAACAUUUUUAGAAGCUUCUGCAAAGGAAACUCAUCUGCUGUUGUGUUUGGAGAAAUGAUCCAUGAAAAACUGAAGGUUUCCAUUGUUGAAGAAGUAUGUAACAAUACUGCCAUUGAUCUCGCUGGAGAGAUGAGGUGCACUAUCCCAGCAUUCAAAGAGAACAGACUGAACUUAGAGAAACAUUUGUUGAAGUCACUUGCAGAGAAAGGUAACUUUGAUGCUUUCAUCAUCUACAUUCGAAAUCCAAGGAAGCAGGUCGAGGCUUUUAUUGAAGAGAGAGUAAACACAUACAUGUCCAGAGAAUCCAAAGAUAAAGCCCUGAAUACACUCAGGAAAAAUGUGGACAACGUGUAUACGUUUGUCUGUCAAGCUUUAUUUGAUGCAACAGUUAAAGUCAAAACCAAGAAAGGAGAUAUUGACAUGUGGGUUAAGGAGUUUUCCACUUUCCUUAAAGUUAGACUGACUCUUGGUGCCAUUUCUUGUCAAAACUUCAAGGACAUAAAUAAUUUUGACUUCCUUAAAGAAGAGAUUGAGAGAGGUCUUGCAACCAUCAAAAAGGAGAUGAGCCAGCUUUCUCUUGAUAAGAUGAAAGAAUUCAGACAGAAACCUGAGCAAAUCCUCAUUGAUCAGCUGUGUAACUGUUGCUGGGAAACCUGCCCGUUCUGUAGAGCUGUUUGUACCAACACUGUUAAAGAUCACAGUCCUGACGACCACAGUGUCCCCUUUCAUCGAUCUUCUGCAGUAACUGGUAGAUACUUCAGAGGCACUGAGGAAAUGAGUAUUGAGUUCUGCACAACAAAGGUUACAAGUGAUUUGAGAUUUUAUCUUGGUGGUGAUUCAGAAGAAUCCAUUCCUUACAAAAUUUACAAAACAGCUGGACCACCAUAUGUAAACUGGAGCAUUACCCCUGAUCAGUCUAAGCUGAAGUACUGGAAAUGGUUUGUGUGGCAAUAUCAAGAGGAACUGGAAAAGUACUAUGAUUUAAAAUUCAAAGGGGAUGGUCAGAUUCCCAGUGAGUGGAAAACACACACUAAAGAAGAUGCGAUUGAAAGUCUGGAUGAAAUGUACCAUACACGCUGUCAGUGAGUCAGCACAUUUUCAACUCUGCUGAAAAUCACAACAGCUGUUCUCAGUUGAUUAUUCACAAAAUAGAUAAAGAUGACAUAUAAUACUGAUUUAAACAUUUAAUGUGAAGAAUCAAUAAGUGAUUAAACUGGUAAACAGAAAACUGCUUCAUAGACAUAAACAGAGAGAGAGAACAUAGGAACAAUAAUCAUUUUGAGAAUGCAGUGAGAAAUAUGUCAAUGUUAAUACUAAAUCACUGUGUCAUCAACAAAGUUUGUGAUUAGGAAAUCUUUCUCAUAUAGGAAAAGCAGAACACAAUAUUUAGUUUUUUGUUUAUUUUUCAAGAAAAACACAAAGAGCACUGAUGAAAUUAUUGUAUGUAAGGUUGGUUUAAAAAUUGUAUUUAAUCAUAUCAUAAUCAUAUAUUUGAAGUUUAGCUCAUGCAGAAUGAAUUGUUCUUGAUACUCUCUAUAUAUAUUAUAUAAGAGCAUCAUUUAAAAAAAAAAAAAAUUGAACAUGAACAGAGAGAUAUUAUAUGUUUCUGAUGCUUUAAAAGCAACUUUCUGCUGCUCCUGUCUUACAAGGAUUCACCGCACCAAAUAUUUUCUCUCAGUUUAACAUAGCCAAAAAUUACACUGAAAUUGAGAUUGUUUAUCUUAAGUAACAAAUCUAAUGCACUAUGAUUUUGUUUUCAAGGAUAUUUUUACUGAUUACAAUGCUGAUAAAUGCACCAUUAGUAGUAUAACAUAAAAAAAAUUAAGAUGAAUUAUGACGCUUAAAGGGGGUGGUGGUACAUCCAGUAAUAAAUGUGCACUGAGAAAAACUGAAGUGCCUCAGCAUCUGCCAGACUGACUCCACAGCCAGUGAUCCAUCUGUGCAUGCAUCUAUUCAUUUUCUUAACUGCUGGUCUGAUUCAAGCUCAUGUGUUGCACCAUACCUACAGAAUAUUAGAAUAUUUGUUGGAAAGCAUGCCUUUAAUGACACGUUUUGGCAAAUGGUUUAGAGAUUUUUCUUUGUCUAUAACUGCAAUGUAAUUAUCAGACUGAUAAUAAACAGAGAUGAUGUUCUAUUCUUCAAGUCA